AUGGUGGACCCCGUGUGGGGUGAAAUCGUGCGGGAGAAACCAUCUCCUGGCGUGAAAUGCUGCUUCGCCUGUUGCCCUUGCUGCAUGGUGGGCUGCAGGACACCCGAGGCCCAGCGCGCCUGGCGCCGCUUCUUGCUGUCGGUGGCCUUUCUUCUCUCCGUGGUGCAGGUCUUGAUCCUCAUUGUGACGAUCAUCCUGGAUGGUGGUUUCGUGUCUUACGAGAUGAAUCCCAUGCUGGGCCCUCACUACCAUCGCCUCGACGCCGCGGGCGCCAAGAACGCGGCAAAGAUCGCCCGUGGCGAGGUGUGGCGCUUGGCCUCGGCUACGAUGCUGCAUGCAGGCUGGAUCCAUUUGGUGGGGAACGUGCUGGUGCAGAUCCGCGCGGGAGUUGCUCGGCCGGCUUCUGCAGUGGGGCAGGAAUGCCCGGAUGGGAUGCUGCUGCUUUCAAUGUCUAUCACCAGAGGCACUGACGCUAUUGACACAAUGGAACAAAAGAACGCGGGUACUGCCCAAGUCCUAGGGCUUUUGCCCGGGGAAGGAGCCAAUGUUGUCCUGUACCGUUCAGGGCGUUCUGAGCACAUGACUGUGGGGUGUUCUUCAUCACCUUCAACAAAGCCAAACGAAACAUAG